AUGCACACUAAAAGCAAGACAAUGUUAGAAGAAGUGAGUUUUGGGCUGAGAGUAGGCAUCAAGAUUUGGCAGAAGUGCAACGCAGGUAGGUGUACAGUGCAGGGGAGUGCAGCGCGGAGCACAUGCAAGGCGCAUCACAGACUAGCGCACAGCAUGUCUACAGGACAUAGCAGGAUGCUGGCAGACGUGCUGUAA